AUGAAUGACGUCACAAUAAUAAAUCAACCAGUUCCUCCAAAACUGACGAAAGUUCCUUCAACGUUUAUGACCGCCAUGUUGGGACACACAGCGGAAAUGGAAUGCCAUGCUUCCGGAAGUCCUCAGCCGGAAAUCACGUGGUUCAAAAACGGAAAGAGAUUGCGUUUUGUGACGCUUGAUGAACCGCAAUUAGACGAUGCAAAAAUAAACAGCAAUGAACAUACAAACUAUAGAACAAACAACUUUAAAAACUCAAAGACAAACAAAGAACAAACAAAUGUUAACAAAACUAGCAACAUCAGUAAAAAUUAUGAUAACAUUAAUCAUCAAAGACAUUACCAUUACCAACAAAGUAAACUGAACAGCAACAACAACAACAACAACAACAGCAGCAGCAGCAACAACAACAGCAACAACCACAUUGAACACCCCAUUAACACUACCAACCAACUUAAAAACAAAAACACUGCUAGUAGCAACAACAACAACCACAACAGCUACAAUGACGUCAUCAUCGACCACCACCACAACAACAACAACCACAACUACGACGAUUACGACGACGACAACGACAUCAACAAAAUCCUCCGAUUCGAUUACAACAUUCAGAUUUUGAACUUAAAUCUAAACGACUCCGGCUUAUAUAUGUGUCAGUUGAACAACAGCGCUGGUACGAUCCGACAUUUCAUCCGACUACUUGUUAAAGAUGAAAGCUUGAAGUAUCCAGGUCAGAAAAUGAAGAUGACAGUUCGAUUACUCUUGCAAUUCUAA